AUGGCCAAAAAAAGCAGUGCAACAUAAAAAUAAAAAAUUAUUUUUUACACAGGUUCUAUGGGACCCUGAAACAAAUGGACCUAAAAUAACUAUUGUUCCUAAUUCAAAAAUUUUAUUAUAAUUACAAUUUAUCAUAAGCUAGGCAAACGAAAAAAAAAUCCAAUUCAGAACAAAGAUUAAUAAUUUCACACAUUAUCUUCAAUUGCAACAAUAUCUGCAAACUUCGACUUACAGAAUCGAUUGCAAUUCAAAAGCAAUAUUGAUAAUAAUAUUGCAAUUCGAACAGGAAAUGCAAAAAAAAAAAAAUUUCCCUUCAUCUAAAAUAAACUACAAAAGAAAAAAAUAUACAGAAGCAAUAAAGAUGAACUAAAGAAAAAGAAGAAAAAAAAAUGGCAAAAUAAAAUUAAUGACCAUGACAAUGCGAAAGAAUUUUUGAAGCACACCAUCUCUUCAAUUUUAAUCUGACAGCACAGCGUUUUGAUAAUUUUUAUUAUCUAAGAAAAUUCACGCGGCAUAUAUAAAUACAAAACUUGAGAACAUGAACGGCACAUGUCAGAUAUAAACGCGCUUUCUUCUCGUACGUAUCGUGUAGACAGUAAUUGUUCAAUCCCAUAAAGAGUGUGUAGUUCAAGAACUCAUUUCUACAGAAAAUGGCCCAAGGGACACUGUCAUGGCUGAAUCAAGAUUUCUUGGAAAAGGCCCUUAGAAAAGGAGAGAAUGAUGAUUCGAUUCAGGUGCACGAUAUAUUCACGAAAGCAGCAACUGAUAAAGGUGAUAACUAUACAAGUCAAAUGAUUCGCGCCACUAUUGACUUAUCGCGAAAAGUCGGUUGCCGAAAUGUCACCGAGAAAAAGUCUCUCAUCAUUAAAGUUGUGCCGGAUGAGAAAAAAACACGAGAAUUGGUGGAGAAAGCAGGUCUUUUUGGCACAGAAAUGAUAAUGUUGAUAGAGACUUUGCCAAAGAUGAAUGAAAUUCAAGGAAAUAUCAAACCGUUUAACGCGAAAGGAUACUACAUUCAGAAAAGUGAUCCGCCUCUUCUUGUAUUCGACGAUUUAGCACCAAUGGGAUUCCGAAUGGCUAAUCGUCAAGCUGGACUUGACAUAGAUCACAGUUUAAUGGCUCUCCGAUCACUUGCAAGGUUUCACGCUUGUUCGAUUGCAGUUUGUGAAAAGGAACCAAAGACAAAGGAAAUUUACAAUAAGGGAAUGUUUAAUAGUGCUCAUGGUCCAGAAAUGUCACAAUUUUUUAAUUCGAGCGUUAAAGCAUUGGCUAAAGAAAUGGCGAAUUGGUCUGAAUUUGAUCCCGAAAUUUCCGAAAAAUUAUUAAAACUGUCAGAAGUAAUUUACACGAAAGGAAUUGAAGCGUGUGAAUUGAAAAAGGACGAGUUUCACGUAAUAAAUCAUGGUGACUUUUGGGUAAAUAACAUGCUUUUCCGGUACGACAAUCAUGGGAAAGUGAUUGAUCAAAUUUUCGUGGAUUUCCAAUUGUGCGUUUACGGCACUCCGGCCAUUGAUCUUCACUACUUUCUCAAUACAAGUGUAUCGCAGGAGGUCUACGAGGACAGUAUGGAGCUGCUUCUCACCGAAUACGUAAAUUCACUUUCAAACUGGAUGCAGCUGAGUGGAUGUAAAACAGAGCCAAUUAGUCUCGAGGGACUGAAGAAAGUUUUAAAGGAACGUGAAAUUUUUGGCCUCAUUGCUUCAGUCACUGUUCUGCCAAUUGUUUUAGUCAAUAAGGACGAUGCGAAGAAUUUCGAUGAAAUGCUCGACGAGAAUGGCGAAAUCAAGGACGGCGGUUAUUAUAGGGGUGAAAUUUACCGUCAAGUUGUAGGGAAACGAUUACCGAAAUGGCACAAAAAGGGUUUACUUGAUUUGUAAAUUUUAAAGAGAAAAAGCAAAAAAUUAAUUAGGAUAUUCUAAUGAUAAUUUUAAUUAGACAAUUUUUGUCCGUUAUAGAAACUAAUUGAAAACCAAAGAUUGUUAAAUUUAGAUCUUCGUUACUAAAAUUGAAUGUGUUAAUUAGAUUCUUUUUUUU